AGCGAGCGACGUCGUAUAGUCCAUUAGUGAAGGAGAAAAUAAAGCAGCAAUUUUUGCCAUUGCAACUGAACUCCUAAUCUGUGAGUGUUGUGCGAUUUUUUGGGCGCAACAAUGACGAAAUCCAUUAAUUCAUCACUAUUGCUAGUGCUAUAUGCAUUAAUGAUAGUAUGCUCAUUGACGCCAUUAUCGCACAGCGCCAAGAAACCAGUAGGAAUUGCUAGAAAAGAAGACAUUCCAUAUAUAAAAUGUCAAGUUUGUGAGAAGUUGGCAUCUCAAAUAUACCACCAAGUUGAAGCUAAACGAGCUGAGGUUUCCCCUAAAAAGUUAUCGGAAUAUGAAAUUAUAGAAAUCGCGGAGAAUGUUUGCAAUCUGAAGAAACGGGAAGCUGAUUGGAUACUUAAAAUUGACGUAGUGGAGAAAGGGGAUAAACUUGAGCUUGUCGAGCAAGACUCCGAAGGGCAAUGCAAUUCAGAAUGCAAAACAAUAGAGCGAGCUUGUCAAGAGGUUUUGGGUUAUUCAGAUACAGAUGCUGCAGAAUACUUGUACAAGAAGAAGCCCCAGCAUGAUGCUCUUGUAAAAUUCGUCUGUAAGGACCUGACUGAUGCCUGCAGCUCAAAGCCACCACCAGUACCUAAGGAUAGGGCUCCUGGAGAGCCAUUUGUUGCCAAGUCAGAGAAAGAGGCUGAAAUGGAGAGGCUGAUGAAAUCAAUGGAGGGAAUGCCAGGAGCACCCGGCAUGAAAAUGUACUCACGAGAAGACCUGAUGAACCAAAAGUUUGGUGCUGAAGAUGGAGAUGAGGACGACGAUGAUGAUGCAGAAGAGUUCCCUUCAAACUUGGGGAAAGUAUUGAGACAAAAAACCGAGAAAGAGAGUAACUGGAAGGAACAGAUCACAAAAGGAAUCCUCAACGCUGGUGAGAAACUGAAGGAGCAAGCUGAUCGCGUCUCAUUUAGAAUAAGACGGUGGUGGCAAAGGAAGAAAACAGAGUGGGAGAAGAGUUCACAGUCGGGAAAAGCAGAGCUGUAGAAAUCGAAAGCCAAGGAGCAACAGCAGGCGGGCUCUAUUAGUUCUUCUUCCUCCAUAUUCCUAUCAUAUUUUGCGUUUUUGGUGUAUACAACAUUUUUGUAAUCUUUCAACCAAUGUGCAUAAACUCUUGAUUUGCCUAGCACUGACUGUACUCGUAGUUGUUCUAUAUAUGAACACAACUAGCAUAAGAUUAUGUGAUGAAUGGUGAUCCACAUAUGAAGUGCCUAUGA